AGUUUUUCUGCAAAUAGUAUUCAAUAUUUGUUAAAAAAAAAAUAAUAACCUAUAAGCUAUUAUUUUAAAAAAUGAAGCCCCUUAAAUUUGAAUGCCUAAGACACAUGUCUUUUUUUAACACUGUCGAGCCACCCAUGUUUAUAUGAGCUUGCGCAAUCCUUUCCCAUGAGCUAUUUUUUGUUAUUGAGUUAGAAGUAGGUGUCAUAUUUUUACUUGGUACCAGAGCCAGUUCAUUUCCAGUUGGACACUCGAUUCAUUCUCCAAUUGAGUAUUUAUAUGUAUUUAAACAAUCCUCUUAUAUGAGCUAGCUUUUAAAGCUAACGUCCUUUUUGGGGCAGACUUUAUUGACGUUGAAUUGUCUUGACAGUUAAGACUCUGGAAAUUUACAACCCCUUAUCUACGGCAAUGCUUGGCCCUCCUUGAGAAUUUAAAUGUUUUUUUGGAAAAAACUUUGAGAAGACCUAGUAAAAUCAGAGUAUCUGGAGAAUUUAUAACCACUAAUCAAUCAUCCAUGCACUACUCUUUGAUAUGACACUAAAGACUUUAGUUAUAAAGUCAAGUCACUGUGGAAAAUUUACAACCCUUAACCUACGGAAUUGCUUUGAUUAAGUUACCCAUUUCUUUGGUGAAUACUUUGUUCCUUGUACUAGCAAUCUCAUUGACAUGGAGAAAGCCUACUCUAAUUUCUUUAUUUCAUCACUACUACUACUCUUACACCUCUACUUGUUAGAGACAGUACGCAGCGAUGCAGUUCAUACAGAUGAAUCAGCUCUACUUGCCUUAAAAGCCAGUUUUACCCUAAACUCUUCUCAUCCCUUAACUCAGAAUUGGUCUUCUCAGUCCUCCAUUUGUGAUUGGAUUGGAGUCACUUGCGGCUCUCGUCACCAUAGGGUGACUGCACUAAAUAUAUCCAACAUGAACAUUCUUGGAAACAUUGCCCCGCAAUUGGGGAACCUCUCUUUCCUAGUUUCUCUUGAUGUGAGCCAAAACAAUUUACAUGGAGACCUCCCACAAGAUUUGUCUCGUUUACGUAGAUUGAAGGUGAUGGAUUUUGCCUUCAAUAAUUUCAGCGGAGAGAUUCCAAUGUGGUUCGGUUCCAAUUCUUCUUCUAUUUCCAAGUUAGAAACUCUGAGUGUUAGAAACAACAGGCUUCAAGGCAAUAUCCCCAAGGAGAUUGGGAAUCUUAAGAAUCUAAAGGAGUUGAUAUUAUUUGGAAACCAAUUUACAGGCACUAUCCCGCUCUCCAUUUUCAAUAUGUCGUCGUUGGAAAUUUUAGGUCUAUCAAAUAACCAAUUAACUGGGAGUCUUCCUGUAGAUAUAUGCCACCGUCUUCAUAGAAUAAAGAGCAUUGGAAUUAUUUCCAAUCAUUUGAGUGGUCACAUUCCACCUGGUUUGUCUAACUGCACAGAAUUGUAUGAAUUGUCGCUGUCAUACAAUAGCUUCAAUGGGACUAUUCCACCAGAAAUUGUCAACUUGGAGAGGCUUCAGUUCUUAAACCUUGGGGGAAAUAAAUUGCGAGGCACAAUUCCAGCAAAUAUUGGUAAUUUACGAAAGUUGCAGCAACUACAAUUGGAGAACAAUUACAUGGUGGGUUCGAUACCGCACACCAUAUCCAACUUGUCAUCACUAUGGAUGCUUAAUUUGAACACAAAUAGUUUAUCAGGUAUUAUACCCAGAUAGAUUGUAAAUCUACACAAAUUGGAGAUACUUUAUUUGCAAAUUAAUAAGUUAAGUGGUUCCAUACCGGAAGGGCUCUUCAAUAUCUCUACACUAAUAGAGGUUUCAGUUUUCUUCAAUAAACUUUCCGGUAGUCUUCCAUAUGCUUCAGGGUACUGGCAAACAAAUCUAGAGCUUUUGAAUCUUGGUCAAAAUAACAUUGGUGGAGUUAUACCCACUUCAAUCUCAAAUUCAUCAUAUCUACAGAUCGUAGAUCUUAGUAUAAACAAAUUCAGUGGCCAAAUUCCUAAUUCGUUGGGGGAUUUGAGGAAUCUUGAAUAUUUGGACUUGUUCGUUAAUAACUUAUCGUCUCCGCACCUAAGUAUCUUGACUUCAUUGGUGAACUGCAGAUAUUUGAAAGAAGUAAUAUUAGGAGAUAAUCCUCUGAAUGGUGUUCUUCCAGAUACCAUUGGCAAUCUCUCCAGUUCUAUUGAAAUAUUUGAUAUAUAUCGUACUGAAAUUAGGGGUCAGAUACCAUUAGGAAUUGGUAAUUUAAGUAACUUAAACACUUUGUUUUUAUCCGGCAAUGACUUGACUGGAUCAAUGCCAACAACAUUAUGUGAUUUACACAUUCUUCAAAGGCUAGGACUUGCUGUUAAUAGGUUGAGUGGAUCCUUGCCCGAGUGCCUUUGCAAAAUGUCAGUGUUGGGCUUGCUUUCUUUGUACCAUAAUCGGAUUUCUGGUCCGAUACCAUCUUGCAUUGGUAAUGCAACAUCUUUAAGAAAUGUUUAUCUAUCUUCAAAUAGGCUUACUAACAUACCCACGAGUCUAUGGAGCCUCAAAGAUCUUUUGGUGCUUAACUUGUCAAAUAAUACUUUGAUUGGUUCUAUACCUCCAGAAUUAGGAAACUUGAAAGCCAUAACGUCCAUAAAUCUGUCAAGGAAUCAACUUUCAGGAAGUAUUCCCUCCACAAUCGGAGACUUGCAGACCCUAAUUUAUCUUUCCUUGGCUUAUAAUGAGUUACAAGGAUCUAUUCCAGAGUCACUUGGGAAAAUGAUAAGUUUGGAAUCAGCGAAUCUAUCCAAUAACAUUCUUUCAGGUACCAUUCCAAAAGCAUUAGAGUUGCUUCGCUAUCUGAAGAAUUUCAAUGUAUCAUUCAAUAGAUUAGAAGGUGAAAUCCCAAGUAAAGGACCUUUUCUCAAUUUCACCUCUCAAUCCUUUAUGGGAAAUGGAGGGUUAUGCGGCGGUUUGCUUUUCCAACCUUGUGUGACUAGGACUUUUCAUCAUUCAAGGAGAAGCAAACUGCUUCUGAUUAUACUUGUCUCACUGGGAGCUGCGGUAAUGGUACUUGGCUCAAUCGGUGUGUUUAUGUUAAGGAGACGUCGGAAUAGAAAUAUUCCAAAUCAAGCUGAAUCCUUUGCUGCAACCACACUAGCCAGGAUUUCUUACAUUGAAAUUGAAAGGGCAACUCAAGGGUUUGAUCAAUGCAACUUGCUAGGCUCUGGAGGUUUUGGCUCUGUUUACAGGGCCGUGUUUGAAAAUGGGAUGACUUUGGCAGUCAAAGUGUUUAAUUUACAGGUUGAAGGUGCAUUAAAGAGUUUUGAUGCUGAAUGUGAAGUUCUACGCAACCUUCGGCAUAGAAAUCUUACCAAAGUAAUCAGCAGUUGUACUAACUUGGAUUUCAAAGCACUACUUCUUGAGUAUAUGCCGAAUGGAAGCCUAGAGCUGUGGUUACAUUCUGAUGAUCACUUCUUGAAUAUGAUCCAAAGAUUAGACAUAAUGAUUGAUGUUGCAUUUGCUCUGGGAUAUCUCCACCAUGGUUAUGAAACAGUUGUUGUACAUAGUGACCUGAAACCUAGCAACGUCUUGCUAGAUGAGAAGUUGGUUGGACACUUGAGUGACUUCGGCCUUGCCAAGUUAUUAGGAGAAGGGGAAUCAAUUGCUCAUACUAAAACACUUGCCACAAUGGGCUACAUUGCACCAGAGUAUGGAUCAGUUGGAUUAGUUUCUAGAAGAUGUGAUGUGUACAGUUACGGCAUUAUGCUCAUGGAAACUUUCACAAGGAAAAGGCCAUACGAUGAAAUGUUUCAAGAAAAUUUGAACAUGAGGAGUUGGGUCUGUAAUUCACUACCUGUAGCACCAGCUGAUAUUAUUGAUGACACCUUAUUGCAACCUGAAGAGAUUGAUUUUGAUAAAAAGUUGAGUUGUCUGACCUCUAUUUUGGAGUUGGCAUUGAAUUGCACAGCUGAAUCUCCUAAUGAGAGGCUCAAUAUGAAAGAUGUCCUGGCAAAUAUCAAGAAGAUCAAGGAUGAAUUUCUAUGCAGAUGAUGUAAUAAGGUUUAUGCGACGGUAUUGCCACCUUUUAUGCCUGUUGUUGGCAAAUUUGGGUGACAUCAAUUGAAUUGCCAACAAACAUUUGGUCUGAGAUUCGUACUUCUCCUAUUUCUUGUGCCGUCCUCUUGUGCAUGUUUCAAGUUUGAGUAUGUUUAUGUAAAACUUUUGAUAUAUAAGAUGUGUACAAAAGUAAAAUAUUGGUGAUCAAGAAUUAUUAUUGAGAUAGAAGCUUCAAUGAUCUAUGAA